CUCAUAGAACCCCGUCUUCCCUCCGUUGUGUCUGGACUGCUGCAUUUCUCUAUCUCCCUUUCUCCGCCACCGACCGGCUAUGGAUCCUCGAAGCGCUGUGCCUUAUCCCGGUCAGGUGGUUUGUCCGGAUAGCGCCUUCGACUGGCUUCCCCUCGCCGCGUUCCUGUUCCUCACUUGCAACUCACUCAACUACGCAUACCAGUCUCGCCACGACCCCCGCGCGCUGUUCUUCGUGUCGUUCGCCUACUCCAACCUGUUGAUGCUCUUCUUGUGCCUCAGGCGGCUGGAGAAGCUGGCUCCCGAUGACCCACCGGAGCACAGGAAGCGGACUUUGUCGGCUGUUUGGGUCCUCUUCACCGUUCUCAACCUCGCGUUCGCAUGGCGGGCGCCGGAGAUAUUGCCGCCGCUACUGACUGUUGCCAUGGCCGGAUUUUACGUUCUGAUCAUCUACCCGCAAGCGGAUGGCGAUUCCGGCAGAAGCAUGGUUCCAUCAGCCGAACAAAAUGUCUAAGCUAACAGGUCGGGCGGAGCACUAUCUCCGCCGCAUCCAUUUAUUUCCUUUCUUUUUGUUUAUAUGAGGAUUUGUUUCUGAUCGA